GACAUCAUCAUUCCCUGGGGGGGAACUCCUGGCUUGGUUGAUAUGGAUACUCAGGGUUUGGGGCGGCCUCAAGACCUGACGAUUCCUCGUCUCAUGGAAAUGCGCAAAAAGCAUUUUCCGGAGAUCUUGUUUCUAAUGGAGACUAUGAAUGUGAGAGACGUCAUUGUAGAUAUUCAGGAAUGGCUAGGGUAUGAUAAGGUAUAUACUGUGGACCCGGUUGGCAAGUGUGGUGGGCUUGCUCUGUUUUGGAAGAAAAGUGUUUCGGUGGAAGUUCUAUAUGCAGAUAAAAAUAUUUUGGAUCUGCAGGUGGAGUAUGGUGUCUCCAGGCUUUUGGUAUCUUGUAUAUAUGGGAAUCCAAGUAGUGAUCUUAGGCAUCUUGUUUGGGAAAGACUAUCGAGGAUAGGCUCCCAAAGGAAGGAAGGAUGGUGCUUGGUAGGAGAUUUUAAUGAGAUUCUUCACAAUGGUGAAAAGUUGGGUGGACCUAGAAGGAGUGAGGCAUCUUUUGUUGAUUUCUCAGUUAUGCUUAAGACUUGUGACAUGAUUGAGCUGCCCAGUUCAGGAAAUGGGUUUACUUGGGGUGGAAGAAGGAGAAGUAUAGAGGUUCCUUCAGAUUUGACAAAAGAAUGCUGCAUCAACCGCUGGUGUUAGAGGCCAUCACAAGAGCUUGGCAGAAUCAGUAUUCUCCUUUUGGUCAAUCUGUCUCUGAAAGAUUAAGGAGAUGCAGAAAAUCCCUGAGUUUAUGGAAGAAAGAGAAUGUUUCUAA